AUGAUUAGCUGGGUGUCGAUGAUCGUCAUGGGCCAUCCUCAAUUCGAGACCCAAGAUGAUGUCGGCAUUGGAGAUGGCAUACCGCCUAUUCCAGAAUGGCAGAUGGAUCCCACCGCCCUUUACGAUGAUUUAUCCGAGCUCAUCAGUAUGGAAGUCGAUUACGCAGUCAGGAAUGUUUUCGUCCGUCUUCGUAGUGCCUUCCAGCAGGCGCAACGGAUACAUUUCCCAACCACACGACUUCAUGACCUCACUUGUUUUGUCAUACACCGACUUCUACUUACAGCACCGGAUACGGAAAGUUCUCACUCGUCGUCGAUCACCGAAUGCAUCCGCUACGCAAUCAUACUCUACAUGUUCAUCAUUCAUGGGCCAACGUAUUACUCACAUGCUGCCAUGAUGCAUAGCAUUGUCAUCCGAUUUAUAGAUCAACUCAAGCAACUCGAAUCGACCCCUCGUGUGUAUGGUUCGCUUGAUGCCUGGCUUCUUGCAAUCGGCUUGGUGGCCUCAACUGGCACACCUGACUAUCAGUGGUUUAUAGAGAGAGCGCGGAUUAUGGCUGCUUCUCUACGACUGAGUAAUUGGAACGACGUCCUCGUCCGCAUUAAGUGUAUCCUGUGGAUGGAGACACUACAGGGCGAAGAUAUCUUUCGACCUCAUUGGGACGCUAUUUUCAGUACUAUGAAUCAUCCCGGCGCCUGUAUCUCACCAGGUAACGCUGGCGGAGAGCUUUUAUGCAUCUCACCUAGCAGCUUGGUACCGAGCAAACCAGAACCAGCCAGCACAAAUGGAAGGCAAUGGGACAUGAGCGUGGCAUCGCCUUGA